UAGAAAACCAGUGCAAGAUUCUCGUUAACAUGGCCAGUGAAAUGAAAAAAUUGCAAGCAAUUCGCUACAAUAAGGGAAAACUAGAGGUCCUGGAUCAGCUUUCACUACCGGCCCAAACGAAUGUCAUCCCUGGUCGACGGAGUGCCGUCGAAGCCGGACGUUUCGGACGCUUCCGUGAUGUCCCCGUGGAACCCAACAACCCCGAUGUGUCCACGUCCUUGGUGCUCGAUUACGGGCAAUGUUCCGGCCAACCGUCAACACCGGCCGAAGACCCAAUCCGUCACCAUUUUGGGUGGAGCACAGGACGUUCGGACGGGUCCACCAGAAGCCGCGCGCAUCAACCGCUACCGAGUUCCAGGAUCGGGAACCGUGAUCCGUGUAAGCGACCGAAGGUCGCGUAACCAUCAUCCGGAGGAGAUUGCUGGAAGGAGGAGAAUCUGGGAGAUCGUCGAGCUGCUGGGGCCCCAAGAAACCGGAAGGAACAGAUACAUCUCGAUUGCAGGAGUAGAAGAUGGUUGGAAAGUCAUUAGUAAAAUGCAGGUUCGGGGAGCCCCCGCGAUAGCGAUCGUUGGGUGUUUGUCGCUGGCUGUUGAAAUUUAUAACGAAACAUUUAUAACAAAACAAAUGUUCAAGCAGGAGAUAGAAGGAAAAUUAAACUAUUUGGUAUCGGCACGACCAACUGCUGUCAACAUGAAAUUAGCAGCGGAUGAUUUAAUCGGUAUGGUGAAUGAUUGGGUCGAAAAAAGUGUAAUUUCUGUAACAGAAAUCAAGGAAAGAUUCAUUCAUGAAAUAGAGGCUAUGCUCGAGAAAGACAUUUCCAACAAUAUGGCAAUAGGAACGUUUGGUGCCGAAAGAAUCCUUAAAGAUGUACCUUCUGGAAGUUCCCUUCAGCUCCUUACACAUUGCAAUACAGGAUCACUAGCUACAGCAGGGUACGGCACUGCUCUUGGAGUAAUUCGCAAAAUUUUUGAUCAAAACCGAUUGGAACAUGUAUUUUGCACCGAAACCAGACCAUACAAUCAAGGAGCUCGUUUAACUGCUUACGAGUUUGUACAUGAUAAAAUACCAGCAACUCUGGUUUUAGAUAGCAUGGUUGCCUCGCUUUUCAAGUCUCGAAAAAUAGCAGCUGUAGUCGUAGGAGCUGACCGUGUUGCUUCCAAUGGAGACACAGCUAACAAGAUCGGAACAUACCAAAUUGCGGUGGUUGCAAAGCAUCACGCUGUGCCUUUCUACGUAGCAGCGCCGAGCACGUCGAUUGACUUUGAAAUUUCCGAAGGAGAUCGUAUUGAAAUUGAACAACGCCCGGAUCGCGAAAUGACACACAUCGGAGAACAUAGAAUAGCAGCUCCAGGCAUUAGAUGUUGGAAUCCAGCAUUCGAUGUGACGCCAGCCAAUCUGAUCACAGGAAUAAUUACUGAAAAAGGCGUAUUUGCACCCAAUGAUAUCAGAAAAUUACUUGAGCUACAAUAAAAUGAGUGAUUGAAUGUAUAAUGUACAA